AGGCAGGAGCAGGAGAACCAGUCGGCGGCGCGGAGGGAGAGGAGUUGGUCCUUUGCUGUCCUAACCCCCCCCUUCCAGUCGCCCCUCAGUUCCUCCAGCCUCUGCUCCGUUUGGGCUCCGGCUUAGACCCCCCAAGAGCACUACCAGACUCCUGUCCUCCCAGGCUCCUGAUCCCCAAACCCCGCUCUCACCCCACUUCACCCCCAGGCUCUUCUAACCCACAUUACCCCCUCUCUGGCCUCUCCAAGGUCUCACUCAGGCUCCUGCAGCCACCCUCGUACAGGCUUCCCUCCUGCCGCUUCCCUCUCCGACCUCCCUUCGGGUCCUUCUCUAGGGCUUCCCGGCCCCAUUCGCUUCGUACCCCUCCCCAUUCUGCGCCCGCCCCUGGAGCAGGGCAAGUACUGAGCUUCCUCUAGGUUCCCUCCCUGUGGACCCGGGCAGGGACCUGGGAGCCAGAGCCGAAGAAGAUGUCCGGGGACAGGCGGCGGCCGCGCCCUUGGCUCCUGUGGCUGCUCCUGAGGUCGCUGCUUCCGUCCGAGGUGUGGGCUGGACAGUUCUGUCCCAGUGGGCUCUUCCCUUGGGGAGAUCUGUGCUGCAACACCUGCCCCCCAGACUGGGGGACCUCAGAGCCCUGUGGAGAAGCUGAUGUGAAGUGUAAACCAUGUCCUUCCAAUGAGACCUUGUCCUCAGAAGGAACUUCUGAGCCCUGCCAGCCAUGUUGCAGCUGCCCCAUUGGACACUUUCUCAGCAGCACCAAUCAUUGCCAGCCAUGCAAGGCCUGCCCCCCAGGCAGUGAAGCCAAGAUUCCUUGUGGGAAGGACACUGACACUGUGUGCCAACCCUGUCCUCCAGACACCUAUUCAAAAGAGAGCAGUUUCCAAGAGCCCUGCAAAGCCUGUACCCAUUGCAAUCAGAGCAAAGUUGUGGUUCUGGCCUGUACUCGACUCUUUGACACACUUUGCAUGGAUGAGGAACUGCACAUCCUGAUCCGUGACGCAGAAGCCAAGGGCGCAGACUCCAAUAUCUCCUCCACCUUUCCCUUGCCUCCCAGGGAUUCUGGUGUGAUCAUCCCCAUCUAUUGCUCCCUGCUGGCCGCUGUGGUGGUGGGACUCCUAGGCUAUGUUGCUUUCAAAAGCUGGAGAACCUGUAAACAGAAACAACAGCUGGCAAAGGCUCGGAUUGGGGAGCUGGGUGUUGCUGAGGGGGAGAAGCUACACAAUGACAGCAGUAUCUGCUUAGAUACAACAGGAUUCCAUGAACUCCAUGGCUUGGGCAAAGGGGCCCAGAUGGAACCCUGUCAGUGGCGUCUCUAUGAGCAACUGCCUAAGAGGCAACAAGAGGAGGUGGAGCAGCUGCUGGGGGCAGACAGCCCACCCAGGGCAGGCUGGCAGGCCUUGGCAAAGCAACUGGGCUAUGAAGCUGAGGCUGUGGAAGUGAUGGGCCAGGGCGCAGCACCUGCUCACACUCUGCUACGCAACUGGGCCACUGAAGGCGGGGCUGGAGCCACCCUUGAGGUCUUGGAGACAUCACUGAAGGCAAUAGGCCGAGAAGAUGUGGCUAGGGCCCUGUGGAGCCCUGAUGAGGGUAAUUCCAUGGUAUGAAUCAUGGGCCUUGGCUUCGUCAGCCUGGGGCUUUCCCUCCCUUCCUCCAUCACCCUGCUUCUCUCAGGGAAACAUGGCUGGCUGCUUUGACUUCAGGGUUCAUCCCCUCUAUACCUCUCAUCCAGCCAGGUUCCUAGUAUCAUAGCUCCACCUGUGAGGAAGGCUCAUGAGGCCCCCAUAGCCUUUUUCCCUAGCCCCAGAAGGUGGUUCAUAACAUCCAAUGGAUAGGAACGGGCUUUGGUCCCCAUUUUAUUGCCCCACAGUGAAGUUCCUUGAGAACUAGGGGCUGGAGUAAUGGAAGACUCUCUUGACCUUCCUGCCAGGAUGGGAAGUUUCCAUUUCUUUGAAGUAGGAAUUAGGUUUAGGUGGAGAGGGCCUCCGAACCCCUACCUCUACACCAAUAUUUGGUCUCACCAUUUACGUUUACAAAUAAAAGCAUAACAUGUCUAACCUC